AUGACAGCAGCAGUCAAACGGUUCUUCUCUUCUCCCCGCUUUGCAGUGGCGGGCGCAAGCAAUGACACUCACAAGUUCGGCUACAAGAUCCUCGCCUGGUAUCAUCAACAUUCCCUACCAGUGACACCGCUCAAUCCUAGAGCAGCGCAGAUCAACCUCCCCUCGCGUGCUUACGAUACGGUCUCCUCACCGGCUAGUUUGCCCUCGCCCCAACAGACCUCCCUCUCAGUGGUAACUCCACCAGCUAUAACCCUCCAGGUCCUAAAGGAAGCUCACUCAGUGGGGAUUCCUGCAGUCUGGUUGCAGCCAGGUACUUUUGACGAUCAGGUACUGGAUUUUGCUCAUAGUCACUUUGAGGCGGUGAUUGCAGGAGAUAAUGGAGAGGGCGGCGAGGGAUGGUGUGUACUUGUUGAUGGUGAUGAGGGAUUGAAGUCUGCUGGGGUUGAAUGGACUAGUCAACGUCUAUAG